AUGGCUGACCCUUCCAGCGUGAAAGGUGAUGCCGAUAGCAUCACUAUUACUGUUGAGUUCACUGGUGGUUUAGAGAUUCUCUUCUCCAAUGAGCGGAAACAUCAUAUCACGCUACCCGCUCAAGUAGAUGACGGCGGCCGGCCCACCAUCGCUUACUUAUUACCAUAUCUGGUUGACAAUGUUAUGAAGGAUCAAAGGAAAGAGCUAUUUAUAAUGGAAGACAAUGUACGACCUGGUAUCCUCGUCCUUAUCAACGAUGCCGACUGGGAACUGGAAGGCGAAGAGAAAUACGAGCUCCAGUCAGGGGACAAUAUUGUAUUCGUCUCAACACUUCACGGAGGAUAG